GUAACCCUUCUUUCCCCGGGACCGUAUCUUAGCAUCUCAACAAAGAACAAUCACAAUCACGGCGUAAAAAUGAUCUAGCGAAAGACAAAGGAAAAAGAAAAAGAAAGAAAUCCAAAUCUCUUCGUAAGAACCCAUAGUAAACCCGUCUCUCAUAUUUUUCGCAAGCACAUAAACAACCUAAAGAACCUGUUUUUUAUGUAGAUCACUUUGAUUUUUGAACUUAAUGGGCUAAAGUUUCAAAUUUUGUUUUGUUUUGUUUUUUUCCCCCUUUCCUGUUCAUGCUAUAUAGUUUUUUGAAAUCAAUCUGGCAAAUUUAGGGGGAAUUAACUUGAGGCCUCGCUUGUCAUUGAAACAAGCUAUACCAGAGGACCAAGAAGAGGAGUGCAGACCUUGGAGCAAGAGAUUUUCAUUUUUCUCCCCAAAUUCGAUAAAAAUGGGUUUCAAAUUUAGUUGGGUUUCUUUUUUCAAAAUAACCCUCCUUUUACUUCUGAUCGCGGGCAUUGCCACCGCUUGCCUCACUCUGCCUGUCGAAAAGAUGCUGAAGGAUUUCUUAGCAUGGAUUGAGCAUGAUCUUGGUCCUUGGGGUCCUCUUGUGCUAGCUGUUGCAUACAUUCCCCUAACAGUAUUGGCAGUUCCAGCUUCAAUACUUACGCUUGGUGGUGGUUACCUCUUUGGUUUGCCAGUGGGUUUUUUUGCUGAUUCCAUUGGUGCUGUCAUUGGUGCCGGGGCUGCAUUUCUUCUUGGCAGAACAAUUGGGAGGUCAUUUGUUAUUUCCAAGUUAAGAGACUAUCCACAGUUCCGGGCAGUUGCAGUUGCAAUUCAGAGAUCUGGAUUUAAGAUAGUGUUACUGCUCCGGCUCGUUCCUUUACUUCCAUUUAACAUGUUGAACUACCUCUUAUCCGUGACUCCAGUCCCGAUAGGGCAAUACAUGCUAGCUUCAUGGUUGGGAAUGAUGCCAAUUACUCUUGCCUUGGUAUAUGUUGGGACAACUUUGAAGGAUCUUUCUGAUAUAACGCAUGGAUGGAAUGAAUUCUCCAAAACCCGUUGGGCAUUUAUUGUGUUGGGACUUGUGGUAUCUGUUGUAUUAAUGAUUUGUGUAACUAGAGUUGCAAAAGCUGCUUUAGACAAAGCGUUGGCUGAAAAUGCGGAUUUAGAUGGUGAUAUCGCAUCACCACAAUUACCCAUUGUGGCAGACCCUGAUGUAAAUCUUCACCAACCGCUUAUAAUCAAGAUCGACCACCCUCAAGACGGUCAUGAAAAGUAAUCCACAUUCUCUGUAAAUUCUUUACUCUUGCUGCUUUUAAAGGCUUUCUCUCAUAAAUUGUCAUCUGUUUGGUGAUGGUUGAUAUUCAGCUGUAUAUUCUAGAUAAAAUCACAAUAGUCAGUUUGGAGAGGAAUUGCUUAUUUUUGGAACCUGAUCAUUUCCAUUUGUACUUUUCUAAUUGCCAUCAAUUUAAGAAUAUCAAACGAGUACUAUCAACUGUCAAA